AUGAAGUUCUCCCUGGCUUCCGUUCUGGCUCUUGCCGCCGCUGCCUUUGCCCAGAUUGACGGCUUCCACCCCAUCUACACGCCUAAAAAGGACGAGCAGGUCGUCGCCGGCACUACUUACAAGAUCGUCUGGGACUAUAACCCUAAGUAUGAGGGCACCAUCGCCAUCGAUCUCCUUGGCGGAUCCAGCCCGUCGACUCUGACUGUCGUCGAUGCCAUUGCCGCCGGCGUCGAUGGUUCUCUCAACGAGUAUGACUGGGAGGUCCCCGCUGACUUUGGCGACCUGGCCACCUACGGCAUCAUGAUCACUCUUGAGUCGGACAAGAGCAUCUUCCAGUACGGCUUCCCCUUCAAGAUCGUGCAGAAGGGCGGCUCGAGCAGCGACGAUGACGAGCCCGCGGCCACCACUUCUGGAGCUGUCAUCACCUCUACCACGGCCGCUGCCGCCACAUCGACUGCCGUCUCAACCAAGCUCAGCACUGCCGCCAAUACCACCACCUUCACCACUGUGACUUCGUCGACCCUCUCGUCUCUUCGCGGCAACUGGUCGACUACUGUCGCUUCCCCAACCACUGUCGUCACUGAGGCCAUUACCACCACAGCCUCUGCCACUGAAACUGAGGAGACUGACGCCGCCCAAACCGGCGGCGCUAAGCAGCUCGCGGCUAGUUCUCUGGCCCUCUUCGGUGGUCUGGCUGCUGCUAUCCUCGCAUUCUAA